GUCCUCAACCAUUUGAACCAUUUAAAGGCAUCUCGACCAUUUGAAGCUUAUCCGGAGCGAUUUUCGCAUUUGGCGUUACGUACACUUUUUUAUUUGUAUUGUCAAAUUCCAACCCAGUUUUAUUUCACUGCUUUUUAAUGAUAAUAUGUCUACACGUAAUCCAUCCCCACCUCCAGAUUAUGACGAAAAUGCCAAACAACUUGAUAUGAUAGGCGACACAACUUACAGCAGACGUUGGCUUUUUUCGUUGUUAAUUAAAUUUCUGGAAAAGGUUAAUAGUGAGACCUCCGCUACUUGGCUAAGUUCCGAGGAAGAUCCCUCUCGUAAGGAGUUGGAAACAGAACUGGAGGAACAACUGUGUUGUCUGUGGGAUCUAACUGUCAAUCGUGAUGUUCUGAAAUUUCUCGACGAGUUCGAAAUCGUCUCAAUAUUUAACAAUGCUUUGGGGAGUGUUCAAAACCCCAGGCUACUGGUGAGAUAGCACGUUUGUGCAAAAGCUUAUUAGUAAAGGAAAUUAUAGUAGGAAUUUUGGGAAAUCUAGCUUAUGAUCCACUUGCCUGCCGUAAAAUGAGUGAAAGUGAAUCGUUUAUUGUUCGUGUAAUAAACUUGCUUUACACAAGAGAUACUCCUGCACUAAUUGAAACAUGCAGGUUAGUUUAUGUUCUCUGUGUACAUGUUCCUAAGAUUAAUUCAAACUGCGCUUGCUUCAGAUGAAUAUAGAGCACCUUGGUUAAAUGAAAUUCGAUUUCAGACAGAGUUCCUUGAAAAUAUGCUUUUUAUUUUGAAAAGUUCAACCAAUGGUAUUCUUUCAUGGAUAUAUAUUGUCUAUACUCCUGAUAGCCACACUUCUAAUAGGUACAGUACGUCUCAUUGACGUCAUCACACGAGAAGAUGAUAGUUUAGCUGAGGUUUGGUGUGGCGAUCGCCUACUUACUGCUAUAUUGAUAGCGCAGCAUCAAAUGAAGUGGCUUCAUGGCAGUGAAGUAGAAAUCAUUCAUCGUUUACUGUAUACGUUUUCUUCCAAUGUAAAUGGUGUGUCAGCCCUAGUCAAUUCAUUUUCAGAAGUGUUACCUACAUUUGGUGUUUACUUGCGUAAAGUUUGUGAAGAUGCACCUCACCUCAUUCACUUUGUCACGUACUACAAUAGUUUACGAGCAAUUAUCCCGAUAAUAGAUGUCGUUAUAGCUAGCUUACCGUGCAUGGAUGCUAUGUGUUGUUACUUAUCAGAUCCACAUAUCCUUCCUUGUUUAAUACACAUCGCUUGUGGUUGUCAAAAACAAAAGUCUGAAUUACCUCUAGUCCGUGGAAUUUUGGCCGAUUUAAAUGUAUUAUUCAAAGACAUCAUCAAAUCAGUCAGUUCAUGUUUAGAAACAAUGGAUGAUUCAAACAUAGCACCAUUAACUACAGGUGAAUUACAAUGGUUAGCAAACUUGGAAAAUGAUGAUCAAUUCGGAUUUCGUGAAGCAUUUACAAAUUGUUGUUUAAAUGAUGGAGAUUCCGAAACUAAAGCUUGUCUUAUUUCUGUAUGUAAUCAGCUAAAGUUACCGAGGAUUUUGGAGUCAGUCACAACAGAUGGUUAAACGUCGAAGUGAAAUGUUUCAAAGUACACAUUCAGAGCUAAAAAAUCGAGUGAGAAAUUAGGAAAAAUUUAACACUAACAGAUUUUAUGAGAUCAAAACAUCGGCCGAACUUAAUUUCCCUUUGUAGAUUUUCUAUUAUUUGAUUAAAAACCUGAAACACUAAUUGUUGCCUUGUUAGUUUUUAAUGUCAAGUCAGAAAAAAUAGAUAUCUGAUUUAUACUUAUAACUAUGUACAUAUAUGGCCUAGUGUUU